ACCGCGUUCGUUACAAGUUGCGUGUUUGAGGCGUUCUCGGCCGGUCGCGUCACCUUGAAUAGCUGCAACAGUGCUGCUACCUUUAGCAUUGUCCAUACACUGCCCUUUUCCCCCUUUUCGUGAUUGUUUUUUGCUGCAUCUUUUAUGUGCCUGUUUUUUUUUAUUAUAUAUAUGGAGUGAUUAAUUCCCCCUUCUUACCUGGGGUAUUUUGUGUUUUGCGUGCCUUUUUUGGAUUUUGCUGGAUGAAUGUUAAGUAAGACACAAAGCCAUUCGGAAUCGAUUGCGGGCUGUGGUUUGGAUUUGUGAACGCGUAGCAUCGAGACAGUUGUGUCCACAGUGAAAAUAAGGUUAACCUAAAGCUGAUCCCCAGUCUUGGACUUUCGAAUCAUACACCAUGAACUAUGGUCGAAAGACUCCGUCGACCUUCCGGUCGACACCGUCCGUCUAUUCAAACAUCACCAGCCGAUCCCAGUCCAAUCUGCACUCGCAGCGAUCCAAAUCGAUGAAAUCCAUUAGGAUACCUUGGUACCAGAAGCCAAUUCUGCACAACAACAAGUACAUGGAUAUCCAGCGCGGUGCCAUCAUUACCGGAACCUGUUCGAUUUUUGUGGCUCUCUUCACGAUUGCUACAUCGAUCUUUGAUAUUUAUUGCCUAUCGAUGGCCGCUCCUGGAUCGACGCACUAUGGUUAUUACAUCAUUUCGUACGAGUUUGUUUACGUGGGGAAUGUACACGUGAGAAAUGCCUUGAUGAUCGCGGCCCUCUUCUCGUUACUUGGAGCUUUAGUGGUUUUCGUGACCGGAGUCAUGUUGGUCCAUGCCCUGAGAAAAGAGCACGAAAAUCGAAUCGUUCCAUGGCUGUGGAGCUUCGCCGUUUUCACGUUAUUCCGAUUCCUGGCCCUGUUGCUGUUUUCGAUCGUGAACGAUCUGAUCUUCGCGUACAACAUACUGAUCACGUUGAUCUGGAUUGUGAUCGUGCUCGGAUCCUUCUACGGUUGGUUGAUGGUUUACUCGCUCUAUCUGGAACUCUCGGAUCUCACUAAGCUGGAAGAUUUGGCCCACUUACGCAUGGGAACCAUGCAAUCGCUCAACGCCUCGGUGGCCCACUCGCUGGCCGGAUCUAGGCCCACAACACCACACAGCACCGUCUCCACCAUGCCCGUUGGAGGGGUUGUUUGAUAGUGCCGGGACCCCACCCGAAUCCGGACCCGGACCAAGGCCAGAAUCGCAAACAGUAACACAACAAAACACAAACGACGCAGCAAAUCGUUAGAAACUAAUAAGCGACGAACCUGCGACGAAUCGGACGCAGAGACACAAGAUAGUUGCUAAGUCCGUCCACGUAUUUAAAAAAAUUGAAAACAAAAAGUAAAGUUACGAAAUUGCCAAUCGUCUGAAGCGACUGGUCGAAACUAAAAGACACUUACUUUUAGUCAGUGCGCGAGUACAUUGAACAUUGUGCGUAAAAUCCAAUCGAAUCUCUAAGCUUAAAGUGCCUUUCCGUCUAUUUAGGUGUUAUUUUAACCCAUAACAUUGUUUAGCUCGUAAGGUCGCAACAUUACAAAUCUGGUUUUAAAAGAUUUUUGUCUAAUAGUUGUUAACUGGUAACGUAAACAAAAACGAGUUGAACAAACGAAGAUGUUCAAAUAAAAUAAAUAUAAAAACAAACUCAUCAAACCCCUAUUGUUCAUUUACCCAUCAAUCCAUCUUUCCGAGGCUAGAGGUCUGACACCGAUCAUCGUACCUAUAAUAUUUGGUAAAAUGCUGUAGAACCGUUCAGUGGGCGAGGUCAAUGUUUUUAUUUCCUUUUUUUUUCAGUAAGGUCAUUUCUCACCUUUUUCCCCAUAGGAG